GCCAUCUUUUUGGGCGUACUCUGCGGUGACCCGGGAGUGGGUUCAUUCUCUGAAAGUACGGUUGCAGUCUGUGUAGGCAUAACCCCUUGAGACAUAGGCACUCUCCGAAGCUCCGACGCACCGAAGCGACGCCUUUUGGGGGGUACGCCUUUUUGGGUGUACGCCAUUUUGGGGGUACGCCAUUUUGGGGGUACGCCUUUUUGGGGGUACGCCUGUUGGGGGGUACUGUGUGUUGAGCUGCAAGCGAUCUCGGAAGUUCUGAAACAUGCAGUGGCCUUUUUGGGCGUCCGCUGUGGUGAGCUGGGAGUGGGUUCAUUCGGGAAGGAUGGUUGCUGGCUGAGUUGAGGCAACCCCUCGACCGAUCGAUCUGGAUAAAGGCGUACAUCUGGAUACAACCAUUUAAUUACAAAUUUUUUUAUUAAUGAUAUGAUAAAAAAAAUUCUUAUGAAAUAAUGAAAGAUGCUUUAGUGAGAAUCGAAGCCUGAUCAAAGAAUAUACCAGGCGAUCCUCAAAGCUAUCAAUUUGGACAAAAAAAUUUGUCUGAGUCAGGCGUUCACACAAAAGGUUGAGUUCAGAAAGGAGGAGAGCAAAAAAAAAAAAAAGAAGAAAAAGAAAAAAAAAAGAAAGGAGGAGAGCUGUGAGCGUCUUUUUGCAGGCGCGGACCGGCUUCUCACGAUGGAUUUCAAGUUUGCCAACUUGCUAGGAGCGCCGUACAGAGGUGGGAACCUGAUACUCUAUGGGGAGCAUAACCUGCUGACCCCGGUGGGCAAUCGUGUGAAUCACAUAGACUUGGUACAAUCAGAGAGCAUCACCUUGCCGUUUGAAAACGCGGUGAAUGUGUCUCGGAUGGCCAUCUCUCCAAACGGCGUCUUGCUCUUCUCCAUCGACGCGGAGGGCCGUGGGCUUCUGGUGAACGUUCGGCGUAGGGUUGUUUUGCAUGCGUUGAGGUUCAGGGAGAAGGUUAAGGCGGUGAAAUUCAGUCCGGAUGGCGCUUUCAUAGCCGUAGGAUCCGGCAGGGUCGUCGAGAUCUGGCGUACACCAGGUCUCAAGAAGCAGUUCCAACCCUUUCAACGGCAUCGGCUGUUCUUCGGGUGCCAUGACGUUGUGACGUGCCUAGAGUGGAGUGCCGAUUCGCAGUGGCUGAUCGUUGGAUCGAAAGAUCUGGUAGUGAGGAUCUUCCCGCGCGAUCGACUACUAGGCGCCCGGCCCUUCUUGUUGGCUGGGCAUCGGGAAGCUCCUCUCGGAGCAUUUCUCCGCUACGAUGACAAGGAUGCCCACUGCAUCAACGGCGCAUACUCAAUCUCCAGGGAUGGAGCGCUGAGGGAGUGGAAGUUUUAUCCGGACCUCGACAAGAUCUAUGCACCGUACACACAAGGAGCCGCUGGCGCUGGCCUCGCAGACGGUGCAGAUGGGAUGGCAUGGAGGGGAGAAGAGGAAAAGGAUGAACCAGAAGAAGAAGAGAUGGGUAGGCAUCCCCGUUGGGAAGACGAAGGCGAUGACGAUGGAGGGGGGGGGAAAGGAGGAGGAGGAGGAGGAGAAGAGGUGACUACUGCCAUGGAGGUAGACGGGAAGGGUGGUAAGGCCUUGGUGGAGAAGGAGAACGACGGCGUGAAGAAGAAGUGGGUUCGGCAGUUGGACAAGGGUGUCGAGAGGAUGAUGGGUGGCAGAUGGUCUCUGGUUAAGAAGCAUCUAUUUAAUCAAGAGGCGAACGUUGGCAGCUGUGAUUAUCAUCAAGGCCUGAAGCUGCUUGUCGUAGGGUUUUCCAAUGGCAUUUUUGGGCUUUACCAGCUCCCAGAGUUCACCCCAAUCCACCUUCUGAGCAUCUCUCGAGAGAAAAUCACCUCCUCAGUCUUCAAUGAAAGUGGAGACUGGCUUGCCUUCGGUUGCGCACGUUUGGGCCAGUUGCUGGUUUGGGAGUGGAGGUCCGAAACGUAUGUCCUGAAGCAGCAGGGGCAUUACUUUGACGUCAACUCGGUAGCCUACUCUGGUGACUCUCAGAUGAUCGCCACGGGAGCGGACGACACCAAGCUCAAGGUCUGGAAUGCGGCAUCCGGUUUCUGUUUCGUGACGUUCACGGAACACACCAUGCCGAUCACGGCGAUCACAUUCGUCGCGAACAAUAAUGUCGUGCUGAGCGCGAGCCUGGACGGCACGGUUCGCGCGUUCGACCUGAUCCGUUAUCGGAACUUCCGGACGUUCACCACGCCGACGCCGACGCAAUUUGCGUCCUUGGCGGCAGAUCCCAGUGGCGAGGUUGUUACGGCAGGGACGAUGGACUCCUUCCAAAUCUACGUGUGGUCGAUGAAGACGGGAAGGCUUCUGGACGUGCUGAAUGGGCACGAAGCGCCGAUCCAGGGGUUGUGUUUCAGCCCAACCCAGGAGCUGCUGGCAUCUUCGUCGUGGGAUUCCACAGUAAGGAUAUGGGAUGUCUUUGAGGGGAAAGGAAACGUCGAGACGUUUCGGCAUAACCACGACGUGUUGGCCAUCGCGUACAGCCCCGACGGGAAGCAACUUGCGAGUUCCACUCUCGACGGUCAGAUAUGGCUUUGGAAUCCGAUCGAAGGGCAGCUGGACGGUACCAUCGACGGACGGAGGGAUGUCGCUGGAGGGCGGAGGGCGACGGACAGACGGACAGCAGCCAAUUCCGCCUUCGGCAAGUGCUUCAGCAGCCUCUGCUACUCUGCUGAUGGGAUUUUCCUCUUGGCGGCUGGCAACAGCAAGUACGUAUGCAUGUACGAUGUCGCGGAACGAGUGCUGCUGAAGCGGUUCCAGUUCACUCGGAACAGAGCACUGGACGGAGUAGUCGAUUUUCUCAACAGCAGGAAGAUGACCGAUGCGGGGCCCGUUGAUCUUAUUGAUGAUGCUCCUAGCGACGACGACGACCUUGAGCUGAUGAGGAAGGCAGGUCCCGACAUGGACAUGCCCGGAGCAAGUGCAAACGCAGGCCGUCCGGUGGCGAGAGUCAAAUGUGUGCGAUUUGCGCCGACGGGCAGGUCGUGGUCGGCGGCCACGACGGAGGGGGUGAUCGUCUACUCGCAAGACGACAACCUUGUCUUCGAUCCCAUCGACCUGGAUGUUGACGUGACGCCCGAGGCGGUGAAGGAAGCAUUGAGAGCGCGACAAGUGUUACGCGCACUGAUACUCGCAAUGAGGUUGAAUGAGACACCACUGAUCCGAUUAUGUGUGGAGAGUGUGCCGGUCGCCGACAUUCCGUUGGUCGUCAAAGGGGUUCCCCUCACUUACCUCACGGCACUCCUUCGAGUCCUCGCCCACAUGCUGGAAUCGUCGCCGCAUUUGGAAUUCCUGCUGCGGUGGUGUCAAGAGGUCUGCGUAGCUCAUGGCCGAUACCUGCAAUUGCGAUCAAGAGAGACGAUGCCGGUCAUGAAAGCCCUCCAAAAAGGGAUCGUGCGACUACACGACGACUUGGCCUCAGCAUGUUCGUCGAACCAAUACCUUCUGCAGUACUUGACGUCUGCACCUGCUCGACCCCCUGUUCCAACCCCUACUGGCGAUACCGUCACAGUUGCCGGGAAAAGGCCUCGCCUCCUCGCUCCUAAUCCCGAUCCCCUCGCAGUGUAGAAUUCGUCGUCGUUCCCAUGGGUGCUGCUGCUGCCGUCUCGUUUUCCGCACAAUGGUGUUCUUCCAAGCAUCGACGGUUGUUGUUUUUCUGCUUAAUAUGAUGAUUUGACCAUGCUUUCUGUUCUUUUUUUUUUGUUUGUGCUUUCGGUGUUUCCCUGUGGCGCUACGGCGGAAGACGGUGGAGACCUGAACUGCAGUUGUUAGUGAAGAAUCAGUGCCAUUCAUUGACUUGAGAAACGAAGCCAGGCGCCUUGUUUGUUGAGCUGCUGUAGUGCAGCGAUUUGCCAACCGGAUGGGUAGACCUAUGCUGGUGUAAUAGCCACACACUAGGACCUUUGUACUGAGUUUGGCCGUAAUUGUGGUCCGGUACAUCCAGGAAAGUGUUCAGUGUGAGUACUAUGUUCGUAUUUCAAGUUCGUAUUCCAAGUUCUCUAAGUGCAUGAUGCUUCUGAGAGGUGUAGGCUGCUGCUCCAGAGGGAGGGAGGCGAGCGUUUGCCCUUUGUCCAAGGAUUGGCUCAAUUUUGUAGAAUCGGUAGGCCAACACGAUAAU